AUGUCUUUUGCGGGGCUGUUUGCGCGAGGAGCGAUCGCGGGGGCGGCGCUUCUGGCUGCUCUCGGCGUGCUCCGAGAGCUCACGCCCCUGGCCGACGUCGGCAUGAGCUACAUGUACCCGAAUUACACCAACAUGGAAGGCUUCUGUCCAGACGUUCCACGGGGGCCCGCGGGCGGAUACGCCAUGUGGAGGUACCACGAAAUGCAGCUGGGUCUGGACACCUUGCUCGAUGGUCUCCCUGUGAUGCCCGGCCUCUUCAUUCCGGGCAACGCUGGCGACGAGAAGCAGGUGCGUUCGAUAGCGUCGCACUCCGACACCGUGCUGGCGGACAUGGUCCGGUCCGGGGAGUGCGGUCCGUCUGACAAGAAAGGGUCGGCCAAGUCAGACUUCCAGUGCGUCAGGAUCGCCUGGCACGCGCUGUCGACGAACGAGGAGCUCUCCGCGUUCGACUCGCGCGUGCUCAAGCGCCACGCGGCGCUGGCGAGGAGAGCGCUGUCCUGUCUGACCGAGAUGUACUGCCUGGAUGGCCGAGAGGUCCCCGGGGGGGUCCUGGACGUGGACUGCCCCGCGGGCCCGCGCAAGAUCGUGCUUGCCGGCCACUCGAUGGGCGGCGUGAUCGUGCAGAUGCUGCUCGCCGAGGCGCAGCGAGCCGGUGGGGGGAGCGCCGCCCCGCUGCCUGCAUCUGCUGUCAGCGCAGUGCUGCUGCUGUCGGCGCCGAACGCAUCGCCUCCUCUCGGGCUGCAGCCGUCGAUGUGGGACACGUACGGGGACAUCGCGAGCGGGGCCGCGCUGUCGCUGGCGCAGGCAGGGGGGGUGUCGCUGUCAGGGGGCUCUCUCGACUGGAUGGUGCGACCGAGAGCCACACGCCUGCCGAGCGCGCCGGCGGCGAUCGUCCACGUGGAUACGCGCGCCAUGCCGGGCGUCUGGGCCAGCGUCGGGCACCAGCAGAUCGUGUGGGCACAACAGCUGUGCGAGAGGCUGGCUCGCGGCCUGCUCCGCGCAGUCGCCGGCCACGGCGCCCGGGCCUUCUCUAAUCUACGUGCGAGCUCCGCGUCUGCGCUGGCUUCGUGCGCUGGCGAGAGGGCGGCACAGAAGAGCGCUGCAGCUGCGCAGCACACGUCGUCGUCGCUCCGCGUGACCAUGCGGGCGAGGCCCGGCGAGAGACGAUCCGGUGCGAUGGAGUGGGAUGUAGGCAAGAUGCGCGAGCGGCUCGGGGCCGGCGAUGAGCUGUCCGUGCUGGUGACGGCGACAGGUUUGGAGCCAUGCCUCGACUUCGUUGUCGAGGUAGGCACGGCGGGGUGGGGGUUCCAGGACGUGACGCGCGAGGCCGUGUCCGUGCCGCCGGCGUGGUCGACGAGCGUCGCGGAGAAGCAGCGCGCGCAGGACGCCACGAAGGCCGAUUGGACGCGCCACCGCAUCACGGGGGGUGUCGGGUGGCGCGAGGGGAUGUUCGCACGGGGCAAGCAGGCGCCGCCUGGCUCGCUCGCCGUCGUCCUCGGCCGCAGCCUUCUCGCGAACGCGUCGCGGGUGCGCGUCGUGCCCAUGCACGUGGACGAAUGGGAGGUGGGGGGGGAGCUCGUCGUGCAGUGGUCGGUGCCGAGUGCCCUGCGCGUCCUCCCACGCAGCGCGGCGUUCAGCUUCGGCGCUCCCUCGGACCUCGUGCCCGAGAGGCACGCGAUCCCGGGCGGAGUCGGGGGCGUUCACGUCCUGACAGGGGGAGGGGGAGAAUUGUGGGGGCGUCUCAACGCGGCGCGGCUGCUCCUGCGCGCGCGGCGGAUCGUCGUGGCGGUGCCCGAGGACGCCACGUGUCACGCACCAUACGUCAUCGCGGGGGGCGGCGCUGCGGCCUCUGGGCCUCUCGCGCUGCGUCUGACGCCGCACUUCGAUGCCCUACAGGUCGCGCUGCAGGUCUCGCGGCGCGCGCUCGGCGUGCUCGACGAGGCGCUGACGGCCGUGGGAGUCCCGACAGCGGUCGUUCAGAGGCACGUGGGCGCGUGGGUGCGUGGGACAAGCGAGGCGGAGCAUGCGUCGUGGCUGCAGGCCGCGGCGCUGCGUCCCGGCGGGGGGCUGUACUCGCUCCCGCUGAUCGACGUCGAAGAGACGAUGGCGUCGAUGAUGCAGCGUGCGGAUGCGAGAGACCCGCACAUUCUGCUCGUGACGGACGGCGCGGAGGGCUGCAAAGCAACACCGGCAAUUGCGUGGGACCCCGUUGGGGCCCUCGCCGCGUUCGUCCUGGACCACCCCGCCUUCUUCGUCGCAGUAUUCGGGUGCGGGUGCUGGCUGGGUCUCCUGCGCGGCACGUUCAGCGCGGGCGGGGGCAUCGGGGGUCUCCCAAGCCUGCGCGCGGGGGGGGUGUUUGCCAGCGCGUUCGCGCACCCCUCCGUGGCGCUCCUCCUCGGAACGAUCGCCAUCUGGCCGCGGUGCCGCUCCGACAUGUUCGUGCAGCGGCCGAUGGCGCGGGCGCUGCGCACGGCGCAAGUCUGGGCGCUGGGCGUCACGGCGCCGUCCCUGGUGGCGGUCGUGCGCGCGCGGGAGCUGUCGGUGGUGCCGUGGCGGGACGCGUGGGGCCCGGGGCUGCUCGCAGCGUCCGCGGUGUCCCUGGCGACGGGUCGCGUGGACAGGGGCCCGGGGCAUUCCGUGGGGUUGGUGCUGUGCGCUGCAGGGCUGUCGCUGGCCUGGCUGGCUUACGACGCCAUCGACGGAGGCGCGCUCCCGCACGAGAGCCCCGCGGGCGUCCUCGACAGCAUUGCGCUGCUCGCAGCAACGGUGCCGCUGGGCGCCCUAAUUCGGGGCUGGUGA